AUGUCUAAACAACAAGAAAAACUAUUUGAUAAAAAUGUUUAUAGAGAAAAGUUACAACAUUUAUUACCUUCACAAUCUUCAGAAUAUUCUUUACAAUUCCAAUAUUCAUUUUUAUCAGUUAUAUCAGAAGAGCAUACAACAACAUCUAAAUAUCAAAGGUUCAAUUCCUGUAAUGACAAUCAAAUUAUUCAGAAGAAGUCUAUAACUCAAACUCAGGAAGAAAUAGAAAAAG